UUCACGUCUCCUCACUGUUUGAUGUUUUGUUCCCUGUUUAAAAGAUGUCUUUGUUUACAAAUAUUAAACGUUAGCUAAUAACAAAUAACGAAGAGCUCAUAGCUACCAAAAAGCCAGUUAAGGAUGUUCCUGUUCAUCAGCCGGCCCACCCGCACCCUGGCAACCGAAUGGGAGGUACGAGAGCGCCUGGGAGACGACUUCACAGCAAAACUGGAUGAACUGCACCGAAAUAGCUUGCGCACUGGGCUGGUGUCCAAGCAGGAGCUGGAGGAGGCGUUCCGCAAGACGCGCGAUGUCGACCAUAAUCCGAAUCGAUUGAAUCUACUCUGGCUGGUGGGCAUCAUCUUCUUCAUUUUGGUGGCCACGCCAGUCUUUUACGAGACCAUCUCUUUCUUGCUCGGUGUGCGCUGCUUCUUGCCCAACAACUACCUGGUGUGGGAGGCCACUCGACCGAUCAGUGACUGUGAGUUUUGCAAAGGCGUACGGGCGCCCCUGAUCUUGGCCAAUCUCACCAGGGACGAGUUUACCCCGCAUGCCUACUCCUCGCUGCCGAUCAUCGUCAAGAGAGCCGUGGCCCAUUGGCCUGCUCAGAAGUAUCUCAACUAUGCCUACAUACGGGAGCUGUAUGAGAGUGUGCCGGGCGCCAUGGAAACAGGCUGCCAAUUCCUGCACUUCAACUCGGACUUCAAGUCGCUGAGAGAUGUGUUUGCAAUGUCCCCGGAAAGGUCAAAUUUAAGUCAAGGAGCUCCCUGGUUUGUGGGCUGGAGUGUCUGCCAGCCGGCAGUGCUGGCGGAGCUCAGGAAGCUGUAUCCUCGUCCCCAUUUCUUGCCCAUGGAUGCCGAGAUGCCGCACACGGACUUCAUUUUGAUGGGCUACGAACAGGGAGCUGUGAUGCACCUGGACUACAUACCCCGACUGAUGUGGCAGGCGCAGCUGAAGGGCAACAAGAGCUGGUUCCUUGCGCCGGCUCCCGAGUGCGAUCAUCAGUGCCAGCCCUUCUCCUUCUACGUGGAACCGGGCGACGCUGUCCUGGUGGACACACGCCUCUGGUAUCAUGCCAAUACCAUUCCCAAAGGUCAGUUCUCGCUGACCGUUCAGUCUGAGUACGGCUGAGUGCUUGUGAAAUAAUCAUGUGUAAAUCGUGUACAUAUUUAGUAACUUGGAAAACAAA